GCACCCCAAGAUCAGGUACCCCAAGAUCUGGGGUCUAGAUAUGUACAAAAGCUCUUAAGUCCUUGCCUUACUUGUGUAUAUGCUUGUUUCUAAAGGCUCACGGUAGCUCUCCUUGAAAUGGAAAGUUUGCAAAGCGUCAGGCCAUGGUGUCUGGUGUGGUGCUUCCAUAAGUAAAGCACAACAAACCACCAGUGGGGACAGCAAGGUUAAGUUCCCACUUCUUUUAAAAGCUGUGUUACCUUUUAUCCUCUUUGGCCUUUAUGUUGGGUAUGGCCUUGGAUCAAGUGCACAGGGGCACGUUCUGCUUCAAUGGAAGUUUGGCUGUGUGAGGGAGCUGAAGAAAUGCUGACUUUAAUGAAGGAGAUUCAAAGUGGAGAGUGGCUGCCCCGACCUAGGUUUAGUGGGAGUCAAAGGCUGCAAGAAGCCCGAGGCAGAAGCACACGGGCUUUGCAGCCGAUACACUUCAUUUCGAAGAUCACCGUUAGAAAAUAAUGGUCGAUCCAGUAGCUCGCCUGCCUCUGGUUUUGCUGUACACUAAAGGGGAGGAAGGAAGAAGAUGGCACAGACAAAGGCGACCUCCUCACACCUGCCGUCGGGGCGAGCCCAGCCCUGGAGCCGCACCCCAGGCUCCUGCUGCUCCUCGCGGGGAGGCGGCGCGGGCGGAGCGGCGGCUGCGUUUCCAUGAGUCACUCCAGGACUUUCUGCUGCCUGCCGUGAGGUGGGGAGGGGGUACCUCCGUGCUACGUCCUACUCCGUGAUGUGAGGCACAGGCAUGCUCAGUAGCUGGUGCCUACCCCUCCUCUCUCAGCAACGGUGCCUACAACGCUGAGAGACCGCCGGCAGCCGGAGCGGGGCCGGAAAGCCAUCUUUACGGGAGCGGAGGCAGCGGCGGUCGGGAGCCAUGUCUGCUCCAGCUCCUACCCAAGGACCCACUGGUGCUGGGGCUGCAGGACCACUUCCUGCUACUAAUGUGUCAAGUAACAAACGGCUGCAGCAGACACAAGCCCAAGUGGAUGAAGUGGUAGACAUCAUGAGAAUGAACGUGGACAAGGUGCUAGAAAGAGACCAGAAGCUCUCAGAGCUUGACAACCGGGCAGAUGCAUUGCAAGCAGGUGCCUCACAGUUUGAAACCAGUGCAGCCAAACUGAAGAGAAAAUAUUGGUGGAAAAAUUGCAAGAUGAUGAUCAUCCUUGGUGUAGUAUGCACAGCCAUUCUCAUUAUAAUUAUAAUUUAUUUCUCCACUUGAAAAAAUGAAGAAGGAAGACUUGGCACAACUUUGUUCGUAUCAACCAACAAUAUCAGUGUUCCUUUGUUGAACUCCGCUUUUUAAUUCCUGGUGUCUUGGGAUUUUUGCUUCUAAUAACGUAUAAGCAUUCAGUGUGGUGUGUUUUGGAAUUCUGUUGUUUCCACAAGAAACUGUACCAGCUAAAUACUGCCAAGUAGUUCCAUACACUGUCUUAUCACUGUGUCUUAAAAUGUGCACGCACUGACCUUCAGAAACCGUAGUAUAAGAAAAGCAUCCUAAAUAUCUCAGAAUUGGAGAAUGCAGCUGUAGGAGAGUUCCUGCGUAAAGGGACACUGUCAGGUUUCAGCAAACAUGAGGGCCAAAAUUCUUAGUCUGAGUACCUAAAGUUGUGUGGCAAAAUCCACUAUCACAUGCAGCUUUUUGAGGUAGCAAGUGUCUGCUGCACUGGAGAAUGGUACUUGCAGCUAUUCAUAGAAUGUGUAAGACAUCUCUACUUAGCCAACCAAUCACAUAUGUUUUUGAAAUUAAAUGUGAUAUCCAUCUAAAAACAUUACCUGCAGAAAAUAAAUAUAUCUGCAUUUUAUGGAUUUAAUUUUUCCCUUGCAGUAUGUUCUGAGCAACUGAGAUAGCCUCAGUGUGAAAGACAGAAAGAAGACUGUUCGACACCAAAAAAUGUUAGCUAGCACAAUCUUGAAAAAGCUCAGUGAAAUGCAAAAAUGGUAAUACAAGCACCAUAAAUAACCAAGAUGCAGAUUCUUGCUAAGAACUCAAGGUAGUGUCUGUCACAAUUCACAGAACUCUCUUGAAUGACAAACUCCAAUGCUUAUAGCUCUAACUUGAGUAUAUAAAUGACUUGGGUGAUGUCUGUGGCUUCCCAUCACAACUGUAAGAAGCUGGUUCUACACCAUUUUGCAGAAAUGGUUCCCUUUGUGAGGAUCAGUUAAAAAUCGGGAAGAGGAGGAUGCAGUAACAGAAGGAACUGUAGGGACAGAGGCCAGGGAAUGGAAAUUGGAUAGUGCCUAACAAAGCUUUCCUUGAGCAGAGGAAGGCAGAGAAACACUGUUCUAAACUGGAGGUGUUAGUAGGCUUACUUAAAUUUAAGUUGUGUUUGUAUGGUUUAUAAGCUAUAACAUCAUCUUAGUAAAGUACUCAGUUCAGAUAUUUUUCAUACUUAAACCAACAUUUGAUACAAUUAAAGUAAAGAAUAUAUUGCAUUUGGGGGGAAAGUUGUAUGCUAUUGUUGUAAGGUUACACCCAAGUGUUUGAUUUCUACUUGAUUUUUAAGAUACUGCACAGUUUGUUUUGAGAAGAAUGUGGACAAUAUCCGGAGAGAAUUAUACCAAUUUUAAGCUUAUCUAUUUAAACUGGAAACUAGAAUUUUCAGAUUUUGAGCCAAGCAAUCCUGACAGCUCCUUUUUAAGUUGAGAUCUUCAGAAUUUCUAAGAAUUGCUAGAUUUUCUUCUUUAAUUUUAUUUAUCUAUUUAUUUAUUUAUUUAUUUUUGCCUGCAACUCUGUUAAGGCACAUAAAUAGCUAUAUUAGCAGAUAUGCUCAUUGAAGAGCAUCUCUCUUAACAUGAUCUUAGACUUAAAAAAAAGAGAGAACCAGACAAGUUCAUUGCAGUAGAUCUCAAGUAGAAUUUUGUGGAGGGAAUAAGCAAUGAUUAGUUGAAUGGUUCCAGCUGCAUUGUUUUUCUAUAUAUUUUAUCACUUCAUUUUCACGUGUAUUGUUUCAUAUUAACUAGCAGGUGGCCAUGGUCGUAAUAAAAGUAACCUUCAAACAUUAGUAACUUUCAAAGUUUCUGAUGUGCUACUGGUAUGCCCUGCUUGCUUCAGUUCAUCAGCUAAGUGCAUGAACUAUUCUAAAAUCCUCAUGGAUCGGACAGAAAAUUAUGCUGUCAUUAAAGGGCCUGACUUUGUGAAAUGCUAUUAUUGUGUGUAAUUGAAACUUUUCUGGAAAAAGAAUAAGCUAUCCAACUUCAGGACCCCUUUUAGACUAUUAAGAUAUUUGGAUAACAGUUAGAAAGAACUACCUCCUGAUGGUGAGACCCUGCCGCCCAUACUCACGUUGAGCAUGACUUGAUCCUCAUGGGGCUUCUCUACAGGAAUGCUGAAACAUCUCAUGAGAUACAAAUAGCUUUCACUGGAGAUAGUACAAUCAGUAAGGUUAUAUGAUACCAUCAUACCCAUCAGUCUAAAGUGACUGUUUAUCUGAUGUAAGCAAGAGAUACACAUGAAGAAGCUAUGAAGAUGCAAAGUUUACAAAUGAAACUAUAAUGAAUCUGUAAGAGCUCAGUCCUCUGAGCUCAUUAAUCUCAAGUUAGUAAUCAAAAUGGGAACUUUAGGGGGCAGUGGAGAAGAUAAACUGCUGAAUGUGUAUUCAUUCUCCCUCAAAAUAGCAACUGACAAGGUUGACUACUACUAGACGCUGGUAAGAAUUUGCAAGAGUUUAGUCAUGAAACCUAGCCUCUAGUGGGCUGUAAAAUGUUCGUGAAGAGGCAGUUUCCUCCUGUGUUCUAAUAAAUUUGCUAAAUUAAUGUUUUUAAAUUGGUUGCCCUAUAGUGUGCUUGUGCAUGUCCAAUGUUCGCUAGCUGUACUGUUUGGUUGCAGCUGGUAAGCCAUGUAACAUUUCUAAUUCAGCCCAAGAAACACGAACAAGUAUGUCCUUCUGCACUGUAUAGACCUGGAGUCUUACUGCUCCUGCAGAUGUUAAUUAUCUUGCAGUGAGAAUAUGGUUAUAGAGAACAGUUUAAGGUCAUGGAUUGUGAAACACCAUCACUUACACAUGGAGUGUGACAGAGGACAAUCUAUAUAAACACAGUUGGAGAUCUUAUUUGUGUUUAAGCCAGGAUUGAUUUGUUUUUCAGUCACUGCCUUUAUGUUUAAAAUGUCCAUUCAUAAUUACAGCUCCCUAUAUGUAAUAGCAAAUUUCCCAUAUAAAGGUUAACUCAUUCUUCUUUAGUCAGUACUGGUUAGAAUUUCAGUUACUGAGUAGAAUUUAAACUAUGACUCUUCAUCACUAAUUACUGCCCAGGCUCAUGCUGGUAAAAAGGCACAAAGUGGCUCCCUUUUAUCUACUUCAUGGCAAACCCUCAGGAGACUGCAAGGCUGAUUAACUUAUGAUUGCCAUCCCGGGGACCAAAUGGAAGACUUCUCUGGCUGGAAGCUUUAGCUAGAGUUUUCAUAGCUUUAAUUUAUUUUUUGGUAGCUUUAACUGGAGUUAGACUAGUUACACUAGUAACAUAAGAGACUUGCAUUCUCAGUACUUAUAAUCAGCACUUACUAUUCCCCUGAUGUCUGGGCUACAGCUGCACUGCUGGCAUGAUAAUGACAUUCAGAAACAUCAUUGCUGAAAUUGGGUGAUUAGGAGCUAGUCUGUGUUUGUGUCAUAGCUGCUUUUUAGCUUGACUACACAUCAAUAUGUUAGGUUUAAGUAGUGUUAUUUGCAGCCAGUCUUCACAGAGCAGUAAAGUCCUGCCUGGUCAUUAUACCUUCUUCCUUCUAAUUUAGCUCACCUUGAAAUAACAUAAAUGUGGCUCUAAACCUAAAUAUCUGGAAUGCAGAACUUGCGGGAGCAAGUAGUGUGAAGUCCAAACAGAGACACCUGAUGACCUUGUUAUGUAACAGCACAGUCAGUCCAACGUAGUUCAACAUAAUCCGGUAUUAUUAAAUGGAGGAGGGAGAAUCUGAUGAAGAUUCUGAAUGUAACUCUAGGGUCUGUAGGACAAGAAGUGAUUUCAAAGUUUAGUCAAUUUGACUUUUAAAGCUGGUACUUCUGUUCCAUUGGAACCUGCAUGAAGUAAGGCCUGGCUUUUUUUCUUGGUUAGCAAGGCCUUUUGAAAUUCAUCAUUUGCUGCGUCUCAUUCAUUCAUUCAUUCCUGUCCCUGAUUCUCCAACAGACCUUCCUAUAACUUUCUGAACAGUCAAGCUACUUUUUGUCUAAAUGGGUUUUAGCUCUUAUAAGCAAGUUCAUGACUCUGACGUGCCUUUUAAGAGCAUGCAUGUAAAACAGUGAUGUCUGUUUCUCCGAAGUGCAUCUGUCAUGGCAGACAGACUUCAGGAAUUUUUGGAAGCUCAGGUAUUACUGAAAUCUUUGUACUUUUAUGGAGUUUUUUUUCUCUGUCCUAUGCGAGGUUAUAGAUCCAGUGGGCGUAUGUAUAAUCUAUUUUUUUUCAUGGCAGUGCCUCUGUUGCUCAUGUUCGUGCUAGAUCUGCUACAUCUUCACAAAACAAAUCAGAGGGCACUUGAGUGUAACCAAGGGCUUACAUCUUGAAUCCACCUCUCCUGCCUUUUAAGCAGUAGCCAUAUAAGGCAAUGGGCUCACUCCCAAUGUACACAGUGAGUAUUGGAGAAAGGUCUCAAAGAGGCCAAAGUCUCUUUGGUCUGGAUUCAGACCUGAAUCUGACCUGACCUGAACCUUAGGACAGUAACAGACUUAACCUUUGGGUUCCCUGUGUAGUCAGAGGAGUUGAGAUGCUCUUCUUGGCAGUUAUUCUCCCCAGCUGACCUGGGGCCCUUUUGUUAAAUGGAAUUUAUUUGAGCUUGUGUUUCUCCAUGCUAGAUAAAGUACAAGCACCCUCAAACACCUGUCUUUAAAAGCUAAAAGGCUGAAUAACAUUGUUUGAAAAUAGCAAUUGUAUCAUGAGAAAUAAUUGGCUGAAAAUGUCUUAGAUGAUGGCUGUUACUUUCAGUAGGAAUACUAGAUUGAGAUGUAUGAAACAGUCCAACAAGAACCUCGCGUUUCCUUUUUCCUUCUUUUCUCCUUCAGAAAUUAUUCCACUUCAAGAAAUGGUUUUUUUUCUUCUUCAAUUAACUUCCCUUACUUUAUUUCAUUAAUUGAUGUUUCCAUUGAUGUUCUCAGUUGCCUUUUUUCUCCAUUGAGAACCAGAAGACUGACACAUGCAUAAAAAGAGAUCUGAGCCACCCAAGAAGCUUACCUUUUUUCCCAAUGCACUGACAUUUAAAAGCUACAUCUUACAGUAAAGUAAAACUGUGGCAGUCUGAUUACAAGCAGUUUUGGUAAACACUUGAUUAUUUAACAAUGAGUCAUUUCUGCAGUAACCUCAUUCUGUCAUGACUGUAUCACAUCUGCUAACUCUCCAAAGCAAAAAUCAUAACCUGUACCGGUUAAAAACAUGAAUACAGCCUCAUGGUUCAUAUGUAACACUCUAUUCAAGCAAAGAAGCCAUGUGCUGUAAGUUUAAAAGGGCAAAUUAUUUGUUUUCAAAGAGAAAAUACCAUAGAGAACAACAAAGAUAAUUACGAAAGGCUGUCCAUUCUAUAGCUAUUCUCACAGUAGCUGGCUUCACCAUUAUUCUUCAAGUCUUUGUUCUCUUUUAAAGCCUUUGUGUUUUUGGAGCGUAAUAUAUUUGGAGCAUAGCAUAUUGGGGCUGUUCUGUUGCCCUAUGAAUUGACUCCCUGCCUUCUGUCCUGUUGUUAUUGUUGACCUCAAUCGUAGCUGAGUUAGGCCUGAGUGGAGCACAGCCUCCUGCCCAUAAUGCCCCGUUGUCCUCAAACCAGCCCCUACUGAGGGUAUGAGAACACUGAAGGCAGGGCACGGCUCUUGGUUAUAAUGCAGUUCGAAAUGAUGCGAUAGUGCACAAUGCAGUUUUAAUUAAUUUUUUAGUACUUCUUGGAACAGUAAUUCUAUCGGUUUUGUUGGAAGACAGAGGAAAUGGCAAAUAAGGAUUGAGUGAUAAUGACAAAGUAGUAAAUGGGGAAAUGGUUUAAGUGAAAUGUUGCCAACAUUCUGUAGCCUCCUUGGAGAGCCUGUACUUAAGAGCGCCAUUCACGUGCUAAACUAAGCCGUGCUAGUCUGUUGAAGUGUAUAUACACUACUACUUCAAAUGAGGCAGCUGAAUGUACUUCCUUUUCUUGAAAAUACAGGAGACAUACACAGUAACGAUUUAGAGUUUUUUGCAAGGAGAGCAGUUUGGGAUGUACCACCCCAAGGCAUGCUGCCCAUGUGCUGCAGAAGUGCUGCAGGACUUGAGUCAAAUAAGGGCUCCAGAGUGAUCGGUGCAUUAAAUAGAUAUACCUCUUGCUGUACACAGCUUCAGUCUGCCAGUAAUAACAUCUUAUUGACACAGUGUCAUCUUUUUGUUUACCCUCAUUCCAUGCUAAUAUCUAUUCUUUUCCACUAUUAAACGGUCCAUGAUGGAAAGGAUGGAAAAACUCUGUGCUGAAUCCAAUACAUUUUUGACAUCCUGGACGUGUGGUGGUGGUGGUUUGAGCUUGUGGAAAGAGAAGAGUUUAAAAGAACUAACAGUCUUCAUUAUGUUAAUGUAUCCUUAGAAAUUAGUUUCUCCCCCAAUAAGCUGCAGAUUUAUUGAAAGUAAGACCAAAUAAUGUGGAAUCAUAGAAUUGUUAAGGUUGGAAAAGACCUGAAAAGAUCAUCAAGUGCAACCAUCAGCUGUAGCUGCUGUUGUUUUCUUUGUAAGAUAUGAGAUGAUACAUACGAUAGAGCUGUGAAUUCAUAGAAGUACAGCACACAAUUGUUCUUGGAAGUUCAACUCUUAAUAUUUAUAGAAUUUACCUGAAAGGUUGCAACAGUUUCUCCAUUAGUCAGGCUCGUGUUGGUUAGACCUGACAAUGUAGUGGUCAGUGUGGGCCCCGUGCCACUAACAAACUACAGCAUCUUAAAUACUGCAAGUUCAGCCUUUCGUGGAACUUAAAAGGAAAACUGACUCAGAAUAAAAGUAGAACUGCAUCAUAAAGGCUAUAGGUAUACAGUUUAUCUCUAAAUAUUCUUUGUAUUUAAGUUACUAGCAGCUAUACAAAUUAGACAAAUAGUAAGCUUCCAAAGCCCAUUUAUUAAUGACAGAUUUUUUUUUUUUUCAGUAGAAAUGCAAAGUUCAAUAUAUUUUCCAUUUGCUUUUUUCCCAACCUGGAUAUAAGAUUAAACACUAAUGCAACUAAGCCACAUGCACAGGUCUGCACAAUGAAAGAUUACUGGUAGUCAACUAUUUGUAAUGAAAUCCAUUAUUACUUUGUCUUGUAAAUGAAAAGUCCUCCCUCCUCAACCACAUGGUAAAAUAUUAGUCAUAUUGUGUUUAUCAGCACCACUGAAAGAUUAGACAUUAGAAAGAUUAGUACCUCCUACUCAAGAAUGGGGCCUAAAAGCUUCCUUUGUCUGUUGCAAAAAUACAUUUUGAGGGGGAAAUAUCACCUGUUGUAGAGGUUAAAUUUUUAUUUCACAACUGUUUUUUCCUCCCUUGCUCCAAAUGCAUAUAUAUAUGUGGACAAACGUUUGCCAUUUGGGUGAUACGUUCUUUUCUGAAGUAUGGAAGAGGUAAAGUACAACCAGUAUUUACCAUGGGCAAUCUUUACUUAGUUUUGCAUUAUAAAAAGUUCUCACAGUGUCCAUAUAUUAAUUCUUAUAAAUUUGUUUUAGCCGUUGCAGGAAAUAAGAGUUUGUAGCCAGUUAAUAAUUGUUUUUCUUAAUCACUUAUGUUUGAGUUUUAUUGCUGAAAAGCAGCCUCUGAAGGUGCUAUGCAUACAAUUCAGCAAUGUAGACCUGAACAUAUGGUUGAGUAUUUCACAUUCUGGCCUUGAGCAAAGAACAAAGCAUGCCCUGUUUUGGAAGCUACUUCAGCACAUGCUUAAGCACAUAGCGAAUUUCUCCUCUCUGGGGGCUUUGAGAUAGAAGCAAAGGAAAGGGAAGAAGAAGAUAGCUAUGUAUCUUUUAUCACCAUCUGAGAUUGAGGGCAUACUGCAUCACACAGUGCUAAUGGGAAGAGACAACUUCCCAUUGACUCACCUGUCCUUACUAAAUCCAGGCCUGAUGAAGAAACAAUGCUAUGUUCUAACUCAGGAGAGGAAAAGCCUUUCCUUUGAAUGAUAGAAGAUUAGGUUGGAAUGGUCUUCUGGGGUUUAUUUAUUCCAAUCAAAGUAGAACCAAGUGAAGUUGGAUCAGAUUGCUCGGGGUUUGUCAUGCUAAGUUUUGAAAGUUUUCAAGGAUGGUGGGGGAUUCAAGAGUGAACUCUGCCAAUGGGCACCAUGAUACAAGGACAAGAAACUAUUUGAGAGCAUCCAAAGGAGGGCCACAAAGAUGCUGAAGGGUCUGGAGUGCAAGAUCUAUGAGGAGUGGUUGAGAUCCCCUGCUUUGUUUGGCCCAGAGCACAGGGGCUGAGCACAGCCCUCAUGGCAACUGCAGCUCCUCACUGGGAGCAGAUGGGCAGCGCUGAGCUGUGCUCUGUGUGACAGCGACUGUGCCCAAGGGAAUGGCAUGGGGCUGUGUUGGAGAGGGGCAGCUGGGGGCAGGGAGAGGUUCUGCAGCACAGGGCGGUGGGUGUCUGGGUCAGGUCUGAUGAAGCUGAGGAUAUCAGUGUAUUCUUUUCCUCCUGCAUACAUGAAGCCCACACCUCUGAGGCCAGACCUGAGGCUAUCGAUAGCAUUCAAUCAGAUUCAAGGCAUCUGGUAGUCUGAUUCUGCACUGUUUGAGGUCAGUGACAAAACACUGUCUGGUUACUAAGUUACUACAGUGGCACAAGAGAAAGAAGGGAAUUGACUGAUAUUCUAGUUUUUCUCACAAGCCACUUUAACAAUGCCAGUCUCUGUUCAAUGCCACUGGAAUGGCAGUAAAAAACAAAAACUUUUCUUCUAUUUCCUUCCUUUUAAUUCUUCAAGCUUUCUUUCCUCUAGUAGGAAUAACCAGUAAUUUAUUUUCAGUUGCCAUUUUAAAAACUAAACUCCAGACCAAACCAUUAAUUGCAUCCUUUUAAGGCCACACCGAAGUGCUAAGCUAUGUAGUAAUGAGUUCAAAAAGGAUCUGAAAGCCUUUGCCGAGAACAGCAUCUCUGACCUCGUGGACUCAACUGUACUGGGCAAGAAAUUGAGAUUUGUGCCUCUAUAGAAAAUAUUCCAUUUGCGUCUUAAUAGAGCUACCUGAGAAGGAAAAAAAUGUUGUGGAGACCAGGAAAUUUCUGAAAGUGCUCGACCUGGAGGUCAGUGGAUGUUAGUUUAUAAAUGAUAAAAUUCCACAUACAUUUUGAUGCUAAAAUUGUGACAACUUAGGAUGUUUGAUAUUACUGUAUUUUCUUGUGGGUGGUGAUUUUUUUUUCUUGAAGUGGUGAACAUAUUUUCCAAGAAUACUGCAUACAUUUGUAACAUGUAUGUUUGUGCCAAUAAAUCUUGUUUUAAGUA